UGUAAGCACUUGCAGCCGCUCUCAAUGCAACCCAUCGUCCUGUACGAUAUACCAUCCAAGCUACCCAAGAAGAAAUGGGCGCCCAACCCAUCAAAGACAAGAUUCUGUCUUGGCCAUAAAGGCCUUCCGUAUGAAGUUAUCUGGGUGGAGUUUUGUGACAUUGCCGCAACCAUGAAAGGUAUCGGCGCAUCCCCAACAGCUGGGAAAAGGUACACUGUCCCGGUCAUUAAGGACCCAAACACUGGUGCAGUGGUCUCCGACUCCCAUGCUAUUGCCAAAUACCUCGACGAAACCUACCCUGACAAACCACUUAUACCUCGCGGGGCAAAUGUACUCGUAGAGACCUUCGAGACCCUAUUUCUCAACACGGUCAUGAUUCCGUCCUUCAGGCUCCUUAUGACCAGAACUCUCGAGAUACAGAAUGAUAUUAGCCGGGAAAUGUUCAUCGAAUCGCGGUUAAAGAUGUUCAGAGAAACACGCUGGGAAGAUAUGGCUCCUGAAGGGAAGGCACAGCAAAUGUGGGCUGCAUUAAAGAGGGGCCUUGGUGUGGUGGAUGGGUGGUAUCAAAAGAGUGGGGGUAGGUGGAUUAUGGGGGACACUUUCUCGUUCGCAGACAUUGUCGUAGUGUCUUGGAUGGUUUGGUGGAACGCUGUCUUGAACAAACAAGAGCGCCAAGAGGUCCACGCGUUACACGGGGGAAGAUGGGCACGCCUUUUGGUAGAUGUGAAUGUUGAGUGCAACACAGAUUUGGGCUCCUUUGAAGAACAUAGUCAUUCCUUCUUAUGAGUUUCGCAGCCUUAUGCUGCUAGGUAGAAGUUGUGUAUGUACAUGAAAAGUUCUGCACAAAUAAGGACAAGCUAAUAAUCGUCACGCACGUGACCGCGUUUCCUCACUUGAACGC